AUGCUCUGCGAGACCAAUACGUUUAGGACCACUUGUCAGGAAGAUGGCACAUAUUACCCACCGUUGCCUAGUUCCGCCUGUGUAGAUAACCUUUCGCCGUUAGUUUGGACUACCGAUGACCCCAGCUGUCCACAUACUAUGUACAUUGUUGGGUAUUUGGUGGAUAAUUUGAAAAUAGAGCUCUAUCGAAGUUGCUACGACGCAGCCACAAUGACAGCUUAUUUUUCCAUAAACACGUAUUACCCAAUCAACUCGAGAGCCGAUCGACCGCUGACGGGUUUCUACCGCGAUGGGCUGAUCUCUUCUGAAGAUGCAGCCUCCUUUGAGAGGGCCAAUAUUUAUGAUCGGUUUGAAGCUCUUUUGGGACCGGGACAGCAGUAUAUACCUUCGCCCCAAAGUUCUUCCUUCGACAGAGGACAUCUGACACCCUCCGCAGACUUUGUCAGCGCUAGGGAUAUGCAGCAGACAAACAGGUACUUGAACGCGUUUCCCCAACACUUCCGCAUCAAUCGGGGCACUUGGAGGACAGUAGAAAACUGGGUUCGUCGAUUGGACGAUACCGUUAGAGUCCUCACCGGUGUCUUAGGUAUUCUAGAACUGAACAACAGGUAUCAACAGCCGACUCCAAUUUACCUAGCACAGGGCAGAAAUCCAGUUCCCAGGUGGGUCUACAAAAUUGUUCACAGCGAAAAGCAGGAAAUGACGUACGUGAUUUUGACAUCCAACAAUGGAUGGGAAACCGAAAGACCAGACCCAUCAUCGGUCUGCCAAGAGGUUCCCUGCCCUCCAACUUUAAAUUUAAAAGGGUUCGGAUUCACCUUCUGCUGUGAGCCACAGGACUUUAUUUCAAGGAUAUUCAGAUAAAUUCUGAGAAUGAUCAUGAAAAUAUUUAGUUUUGUUUUUUUGUUUUAUUAACAAGGUUUUUGGAUGAAAAUGUGUAAAAUAUAUGGAAUAUAUGAGAAAUCUAUAUACCUGA